AUGUCCUCUAUUCCUAUCCUCCGCCCUCGACUGCCUCGGCUUCUUCAACUGCGCUCCGUCCGCUUCUCCUCCGCAUCUCCGCAUCUACCAGCAUCAUCGGUCGCCGCCUCAUUCCUCUCACGCUUUCAAUCCUUGGGCCCUCAAUCCCGCUCUCAAAUUCUCGAUGCCAACCAGCUGAACCUUCUCACUCUCACCUUGAAUCGUCCCUCGCUAUUCCCCACCACCCCCGCCCUCGCUGCCUCAUCUCACACCCCCGUCCCACCAGGUUACCACCUCGUCUACUUCACACCCGACUUUUUGGAAACCGACCUCGGUGCCGAUGGAACUGAUGCCUCCUACAAUCCGGAAUCACCCUUCACCCGCCGCAUGUGGGCUGGGGGUGAAGUGACCUGGCCCCACGAUACCCAGGGCAAACCCAACCCACUACGCGUGGGUCAGCAAGUGACCGAGACAACGCGUGUCUUGAGCGCUGAGGCCAAAGUCGUCAAGAAGACUGGCGAGGAUAUGGUCGUCGUGGGUGUUGAGAAGGAGUUUUCCAAUGAGAAUGGCAUCUCUGUCAUCGACCGCAGAAAUUGGGUCUUUCGCAAGGCCUUGCCUACGCCAUCAAUCUCGUCAGCACCGGGAAAAUCAUCAUCCCUACCCCCGAGCACCUCCCAUCUGACCACCCCGAGUCAUACCUCAUCAGCCAUCCUCACCGAAGGCAACACACAUACACGCACUCUCCUCCAAACACCCGUCACGCUCUUCCGUUUCUCCGCCCUCACAUUUAAUCCACACAAGAUCCACUAUUCUCUUCCCUGGGCGCGAGAGGUUGAAGGCCACAAGGAUAUCGUCGUGCACGGUCCGUUGAAUCUGAUCUCCAUCCUGGAUCUAUGGCGCGACAUUCGAGGCAAGACACAGGCAGCUGAAGAGGCACCCCUGCUAGUUCCUCAGCGCAUCUCAUACCGGGCUACUAGCCCACUCUAUGCCGGUGAUGAGUACCGUGUGGUGCUGGAGGAAGGGGAUAAGGGCGUGUCGCAUGUGCAGAUCGUGGGGCCCGGGAAUGCCGUGGCGAUGAAAGCGGAGAUUCACGCCUGA